ACAACAGCAGCUCCAACAACCACAACAGCCGCACCUACAACAACAGCAGCUCCUUCCACAACAACCGCAGCUCCAACAACUACAACAAUUACACCAACAACCACCUCAGCCACUGCCACAACCACAACUGCUGUCCCCACUACCACAACUGCUGCCCACACAACUACAAGUACAGCUCCCUCAACUACAACAGUGGCGCCAACAACCACAACAACAACACCCACAACUACAAAUGCAGGUCACACAACUAUAACAGCAGCUCUCACAACCACAACAGCAGCCCCAACAACGACAACAGAAGCAAUGAUUUCACCAGCAACAACAGAAGCAUCCACAGCCAGUGUUUUGACAACUGUGGCUUCUAAUACAGCUUCUGUUACAACUACAUCGAAUACACAGAUAACCACAACCAGUGCCACAACUACGGAAGCGAGUGGUCCCCCGCAAAGUGGUGAGGGCUUCCUAAUUCUGCUGUUGGAUCUAGACCGUCCUUUCAUCCCACAAUACAACAAUCCACAGUCUCAACAAUACAAAGACCUGGCUAACAAUGUUACAGCAGAGUGUAACAAAGGGUACCAAAUUGUGUAUCCAGAGACUUUCCUGAGAUGUAGUAUUAAAGGUUUUCGGCCCGGUUCAGUUGUAGUGGAAACCAAUUUGAUCUUCAAGAAUGAGACAGUGGUUCCUACAGCCUCUCAUGCAGUGGUGUCUCUUGAAAAGGCAAUCAAUGAAUCAAAGGUGUUCCUUGAUGUCAUCCCAAACACUAUCAGAACAGCAAAUACAACAUCAAAUUCAACAACUGCCACACCAACAACUGCAACAACCACAGCUGUGGAUACAACAACAACAACAACAGCAACCACCAUAGCUGUGGAUACAACAGCAUCACCAACAACAACUACAGCUGCAACAUUGACCAUCACCAGCAGAGCAAUGGCAUCAACCAGACCUCUGAAUGUGCUCACUUUACUGCUAAUUCCUCUUGCUUUCUUUGUAACAGACCGGCAAUGCCUUCUCUAAGAAUGGAUAAACAAUUAAAGUGAUCAGAAAUGGACAGUCAGAUGUAAUCAAUAUCACUGAAAAAAUUCAGUGUAAGAAUUGGGUAUAACAAUAAAUCCAUUUCUUUAGCACAUGUAACACUACCAUUUAUAAAUCCAUUCAAGCACUGCCUAGCAAAUGUAAUAUAUUUUGCAACAACGUUAAUGUAUCUUAAUUUAUAAUAUUGUUCAUGUAGUGUCUGAUAUCAUAGCAAACAUAUAUUUGUGAAUUAUUUAUUAUAUAUUACAUGCACUUCUUUUGGUUGUUAUACAGUGGUCCCUCGU